AUGCACCGCUCCCCCUUCUCCCGUUUUCCACGCCGUGGCGGUACACCAUUGCCGGCUCACCGCGAGCCAAAGACAAGUAGUCGAAUCAGCGGAUCCGCCUCGGCGGCUGACCCCAAAGCUAAUCCUGGCGACGAGAAACGCGAGUUCUACCCCAGCAUCGAAGAUGUAGUCAAUAUCCGUGAUUUACUACACCGGUUAGGCCUAAAGAGACAGGCCAUUCCGAAUGAAAUUGUCGAUAUGAUCAUCGAUGAAGCUGAGUACUGGCCAAGUGUGGUGACGACAUUGGAGACGACACCGUACGUGGUGAGGUCCGAUGAGGAUCGGGAAUGCUUAAGAACUCCACCGCUGUGUUUUAGUUUAGAGGAGGGCAGCAAGGAAAAUGAGUCAUCAGGGAAGGAAGAACAGCCGCAGACUUUAUUACACAGAGGCAUUCAUCCGUGUCGAAAAAUAGUUUUUGAUAUCACUUCCCAUGACCAAGGCUGGGGUGGCGAUGCAAGUCAUCGUGGAACAUACCGAGGCUCAUAUACUUGGUUUGACGCAUAUAUCGUUCCCUCCAAUCACAAACACAGCGCGAAUGAAAAUAAAGAAGACCAAAACCCAGACACUGCAGACGCAGAAAAAGAGGACCGAGGAGAAUUGGAACCGUGGAACCCAAGGCCAAUGAUUCCGGAGCCUAGAAAACUCCAAGUCAAUCGCACUGCAACUCAAGAUUCUACCAAACAUCAAAUUGUGUGGAAAUACAAUGAUGAUAUUGAUCCAAAAUCUUCCGAGGCAGACAGGAUUGAGGAAGAGGAAGGCCGUGGUAGGAAAACUUUGGACGGCCAAGCAGUGCGGAACAUGAAUGUUGGUGACCAAGUCGUUGUAUGGAUACGAGCGCGAUUUCCGGGGUGGCAGAAUAAUCUUGAAAGUAUGUCGGUGAGAGUCUUUUGGGCUACUUAG